GGUCUUCACGUGAGCGCGCGUAAAUUAGCCUCGUUUCGAAGCAUUUUCCAAGAUGGCGGCCAUCAGGGGUCUGACUUUGAAACAAGUGACCAAAAUUCAUGUUUCUUAUUGUCCUUUCGACCCUAAAACCGCAACUAUAAGGGAAUUCUUGCGGCGUGUUUCAGCAAAAAACAUGCUGGACACCAAUAACAAAUGCAAAAUCACCAAAGAAGUUAGGAAUGAUAAUUCAGAGCCACAUCUUGAGAUAACGUUUGCUGACAAAGAUGUUCUUGGAUUGAAAACAGGCAACAUGAAGUUGAUGGACAUGUUAUCUUUGUUUAAUCAAAAGUGCAAGGAAAAGGACAGCUCAGGUUGAAUUUAUUCCCAAUAAAUCAGUGCAGCAAAUGCUACUCUAAGGGACACAGCUACCAACAUCAAGGGGUUCAGCUUUGUCAGGAUGUGUGUUGCUCAAAAGAAGAACAGAUAUUGAGUUUGGAAAGAACCAGACAUUAGAUCCAGAAGGAUUCACUUGUGUCCUGAAUAAAGUUGAACCAAUUUAUGUAUGGAGAAAAGACAGGAACAAAAGGAGAAAUAGACAUUUCAAUCUCUUAAAUUGAGAAUUAUGAAUGCCAUAUGGGGAAAGCAAGAAAAAAGCUUGCCACCUUGCAUUGGGGCAUUAUUGUGUUGUAGGCUAGACUACAAAGUUUGUCAACCUAUUCACAUUAUUGUGUUGUAGGCUAGACUACAAAGUUUGUCAACCUAUUCACAUUAUUGUGUUGUAGGCUAGAUUACAAAGUUUGUCAACCUAUUCACAUUAUUGUGUUGUAGGCUAGACUACAAAAGUUUGUCAACCUAUUCAUCUCUUUGCUCCGCCUAGUACCAUGUGCUAUACACAGAGGCACUGUGUUUACUGAUACAAUUCACCAACUCUUUUAGGGCCAAUUACAUGACAAAUCUCAGCCCUGGUUGAGUUACAGCCUGGUUAGGGGGCAGAGGAUUCAGCCCAAUACCCCCACAAAUACUUUUUAAAUUGCUUUUUGAAUUUUCAGAAUCAUUUUUACCCUGGAGAGGGAUUUUUCUAGCCAGGCUCGAAUUUAAGGCACAUAUUUGGUAAGCAACUACCAGGCUGAAAUUCGUAAGGCAAUACCUUGAAAAAAAUUCACUUUACAGGACAUCACUGUUAUAGUAUGUUGUGUAGCCCAAGUGAUGUCCAUGUCUUUUCUUAUCGUUAACUGGUGCUUAACCAAUGUUAUUUUGAAAUAAAUCAAAUUGGGAUUUCAAAAAGAUUUUUCUCCAGGGCCACUAGUUGAUAUCUAAAUGGGUUUUAUUGUGUUAAUUUCGUAACCUGAAAGAUCCUGAUAAAAUCAACUACAUCAGCUAUAAUAAAGAAAAUAGCACACAAAAAGAUAACAUACAAAUUUCUUUUCAUUAUAAAAUUCAAUACCAUUUCCUGAUAUAAUGUACAUUUCCAGAGUGUAGACUAAACUCCCUCAAAGUAUCUUUAACUUCCUUCAACCUAUAAGACAAUGUCAUUAUUUUCCAAGCUUUACGUAUUAUUUACAAAAACAAAGUCAUGCUUGCAGCAGGCAAGAUUGUGCUUCAAAUAAAAAUCUAAAAUGAU